AUUGCUGUGCUCAUUGUUAAUCCCUGCAUUAUUUCUAAGUGGAAUUUUGUGUGUCUGCGUGGUGGUUCUCCUGUGGGGAAUACGGCUCUGGAUACAGCAAAGGAAAAAGCAGCUGACCUCAGCAGAAGGAGAUGGGAAGCGGCCGUUGCUGGUUGCCUUUUUCCACCCCUAUUGCAAUGCAGGUGGCGGAGGGGAGAGAGUUUUGUGGUGUGCCAUAAGGACGCUCCAGAAAAAGUACAGAAAUGUGACGUGUGUGGUUUACACCGGUGAUAGAGAUGUUACUGGAGAAGAAAUAGUAGAAGGUGCUUUCAGGAGAUUCAGUAUUAAAUUAACUCACCCUGUGAAGUUUGUGUUUCUAGAGAAACGCUACCUUGUGGAAGCUUCUCUCUACCCUCACUUCACUUUGCUGGGACAGAGUUUAGGAUCAGUGUUCCUCGGCUGGGAAGCUCUUCUAAAGUGUGUUCCUGAUAUUUAUAUCGACUCAAUGGGUUAUGCCUUCACACUUCCCCUCUUUAAAUACUUAGGAGGUUGCCACGUUGGAUGCUACGUCCAUUACCCCACUAUCAGCACUGACAUGCUUUCUGUCGUUAGGAAUCAGGACACCAGGUUUAACAACGCAGCCUUCAUUACAAACAGUCCUCUUUUCAGCAGAUUUAAACUUGUCUACUACUACUUCUUUGCCUUCAUGUAUGGACUGGUUGGAUCCUGCAGUGAUGUGGUCAUGGUUAAUUCUUCUUGGACACUAAAUCACAUCCUUUCCCUCUGGAGAGCUGGGGCUUGCACUAGUGUUGUAUAUCCACCAUGCGAUGUUCAGACCUUCCUGGAUAUUCCACUGUUAGUGGAAAAGAGCAACUGUGAAUAUUCCAUUGUUUCCAUUGGCCAGUUCAGACCUGAAAAAGAUCAUUCUUUGCAAAUCAGAGCUUUUGCUAAAUUGCUGAAAGAGAAGAGGCUGGGGCAGCAGCCAUCCUUGAAGCUUAUCUUAAUUGGAGGGUGUCGUAACCAGCAAGAUGAAGAGCGUGUAGAUAACCUUAAACGUCUUUGUGAAGAACUGGGAGUUAGUAACAAUGUGACAUUCAGAAUAAACAUUCCCUUUGAGGAGCUAAAGAGACAUCUGGCUGAGGCCACCAUCGGCCUGCAUACAAUGUGGAAUGAGCACUUUGGGAUCGGAGUCGUUGAAUGUAUGGCGGCUGGCACAGUCAUCCUGGCUCACAGCUCUGGAGGCCCCAAGUUAGAUAUUGUGGUACCCUUUGAAGGACACAUCACAGGCUUCCUAGCAGAAAACGAGGACAGAUACGCUGAGAGGAUGGCUCAUAUCCUCUCUUUGUCUCCUGAAAAAAGGUUAGAGAUCAGAGAAAACGCCCGUCGCUCUGUGCACAGGUUUUCUGACCAGCAUUUUGAAGAAACAUUCCUGUUGUCUGUGGAGCCAUUAUUUAAAUAAAUAUCUAUGAAUAAAAAUGUAUAUGAGUAAAAUUAACUUUUUAUAUUUGACUGUGUGUAACCUGUAAAUAC